AUGAGAUUGGAGCCCAAGAAUAGCAAACUUGCCAAAUCACUCAACGGCUUCAAUAGGGCCACGUCAAUCACUGUUGGAAUGACCGACCUUGACAUCCACUCACCCCCAGUGGUCUGCUCGCAAGCCUUCAUGGUCAUCGACGAGGUCUCUCCCUACAAUAGAAUCUUAGGUCGACCGUGGAUCAGCAAGAUCGAGGCCAUCACAUCUGCUAUACACCAGAAGAUCCGCUACCCCAUCCCUAGGGGCAGGAUCGGGCAGAUCGACAGUGACCAAGCCAUGACAAGGAGAUACACAACCCAAGGGCUCAAGAAGAGCAAGCAGUUGCAGUUCACACCAGUAAUGCAAGCUGUCAACGCGGCAGGAAGUGCUCAUAGCAGACAUACAAACCCGAAAGGGAAGGGAGUUGCUACCCCAUAA